CGGAGAUGGUGCUGACCCUUUGCCAAAUCGGGCCUUACAGCUACACCCACUUACCCUGCUGGACAAACAACUGAGAGAUGGAGGCAUUCAUUGAAAACUUUCCCUGGCAAGACGGCCCCUGGAACCAGGACCAGGUUGAGAGCAGAAAGUCAUUACUUCAAAAUCUGCUUUUAACGUUUGCUGCACCUAUUGUGCAAGGUUACUAGGACAUUGCUGUGUUUACUGUAUGGAGUAUUUAUAACAGCAGAUCAAGAGACUCCUGAGGCAAAUUCCUCCCGGGGAAUGUUUCCGCUGUUCUCGGGGGGACAAGCGGAGCAAUUACACAGUCUGUCUGAGUCGAGGAGGGAGCACUGUGUUAACCACAAAGCGCACGUAAAGCUAAAAAAACCCACCGUUUCUGCUUUCAGGGGACUUCAGCGGGUGCAAGCCAGAGAGAUAAACUGGUCUCCCAUUGGCAGGUCCCUGGAUGCCCCGCGGCGAACUGUCCUCGGCCGCCCAGUUCUUCCCAAUGGCCGGGAGUUGACCAAGCCCACCAAGAUGACGCUGCGCGAGCAGCUGAGAGAGAAGAUUUCAGCGGCCUUCUACCGCCACGGGCUGCUGUGUGCCUCCUAUCCAGUACCCAUCAUCCUCUUCACCUCUGCCAGCAUCCUCACCUGCUGCUAUCCGUUAUUGAGGCUCCCCCUGCCUGGGACGGGUCCUGUGGAGUUCACCACAGGGCUGCGAGACUACAGCGUUCCUUUCCAUGAGCCUCAGGGUGACUUUGGAGAGCGCCCUGACUGGUACCGGGGUCCUCCGGUCGCCUACAUCCAGCAGGUGUUGGUGAAGGCAGCAGUGUCUCCAUGGGACAACAGCCUGGUGCCGGUGGAUGUCUUUCGGUCGCCUCUUGGUCGAGUCUUCAAUCUGCUGGAAGAGAUCCGCAACCAUGUUCACUCUGACAGCUCCGGCAUUCGCAGUCUGGAGUCUUUGUGUCUCCAGGUGACAGAUCUGUUUCCAGGGUUACGGCGGAUGCAGUCGGUGCUGCCAGAGCAUGGCUGCCUUCUUGUUUCUCCUGGCAACUACUGGCAGAACCAACGGGAGCUGUUUGACUCGGACCCCGACCCCCUCAAGACCAUCCAGAAACAUGAACCGAAAGGCUUGCACACCUCAGCGACAUUGCGAGACUUGCUGUUCGGGGUUCCUGUGAAGUACUCGGGGGUCAGUCACUACAACAGGAAGAGGGUGGUGACCUAUACAAUCACUGUAGUUCUAUCCAGUUAUGAUGCAAGGUUCCUAGGCAGCCUACGGGCCCGCCUGAAGCAGCUUCACCCAUCCGCCAACUGCACCCUCAGAGAUGACCACAUGGUUCACGUCCACUUCAAGGAGGAGAUCGGCAUUGCUGAACUCAUCCCGCUCGUCACCACAUACAUCAUUCUUUUUGCCUACAUCUACUUCUCUACACGUAAGAUCGACAUGGUGAAAUCUAAGUGGGGCCUUGCUCUGGCUGCUGUGGUCACAGUGCUCAGCUCUCUGCUCAUGUCUGUGGGUCUGUGUACACUGUUUGGACUGACACCCACACUUAAUGGAGGUGAGAUCUUCCCUUAUCUGGUGGUGGUAAUCGGGCUGGAGAACGUCUUGGUGCUCACCAAGUCUGUGGUUUCCACCCCUGUCGACCUCGAGGUCAAACUGCGCAUAGCUCAAGGCCUUAGUAAUGAGAGCUGGUCUAUCAUGAAGAAUAUGGCCACUGAGCUGUGUAUUAUCCUCAUUGGAUAUUUCACUCUUGUGCCAGCUAUCCAGGAAUUCUGUUUAUUUGCUGUUGUGGGGCUGGUGUCUGACUUCUUCCUGCAGAUGUUUUUCUUCACCACUGUACUAUCUAUAGACAUUCGCCGCAUGGAGCUGGCUGACCUGAACCGCCGCCUGCCAGCUGAAGCAGGUAUGCCUCCACCCAAGCCAGGCCCCCUGCGUACACGUGAGGUACCCCCUCCACCGCGACCCUCUCCGCAUACAAUCACUCUGCAGACACCAGCCUUUAGAAACUUGAGGCUCCCCAAGAGGCUGCGUGUGGUGUACUUCCUGGCUCGCACGCGCCUGGCUCAGCGCAUCAUCAUGGCUGGCACAGUGAUCUGGAUUGGUAUCCUUGUGUAUACCGACCCAGCUGGAAUCCGCACCUACCUGGCUGCACAGGUGUCUGAACAAAGCCCCUUAGGCGACCCCGGGGGAGGUGGUCUGCCCCCACACCUGGGAGUGGCCCCGGUUUUUCGAGGUGGGGAUCCUACCAGCACCUUGAGCAUCCAUCGUGCACCAGAUCCAACUCCUUUACCUGAGAACCAAUCGCAGGGACAUCAUGGCCCUCCAAGGGCAGGGCCCAUUCCACAGUCCCCACCCGCUGUACCUCAGAUCACCUGGGGGGAGGAGGAUGAGGAGGGAUGGAGGAGACUGUCCUUCAGGCACUGGCCAUCACUCUUCAGUUACUACAACAUCACUUUAGCAAAAAGGUACAUUAGCAUCUUACCUGUCAUCCCAAUCACUGUUCAUCUGACACCCCAGGAGGCCAUUGACGCACGUCACCCUCAGGACACGAGACACCCUCAACCACCCAUUCUCAAGGUUUCUGCUGACUUGCAGACAGACCUCACCCUCUACAAGGUGGCAGCUCUGGGCCUGGCUGCGGGUGUCCUGCUGGUUCUGCUGCUCUUCUGUCUGUAUCGCGUUCUCUGCCCACGAAACUACGGUCAGAAUGGUGUCCCUCACGGGCGGCGGCGGCGAGGGGACCUGCCCUGUGACGAUUACGGCUAUUCACCACCUGUCAGCGAGAUCUCACCACUGCUGCUGAGGGGCCACAGUAUGGAUAUCGAGUGUUUGGCUAGCGAUGGGAUGCUGUUAGCUAGCUGCUGCCUGGCUGGACAGAUCCGGGUUUGGGACGCACAGACUGGGGACUGCUUGACUGUCAUUCCAAAUCAUGGGCUGAGGCGGAGCAGCAGCAGUGGCUGCUGGGACCACCGGAAUGGCUGGGACAGCAUGACCGGGGCUCAAGAAUCAGAGUGUUUGAGUCCUGAACGAGACAUCUCGUUUAAUGGAGACGGGCUGACAGAGGACGAGCUCUACCCAGUAAGACGUCGCACCACGCCCAGUCGUCCCACUCUUUUCAUUGACCAGCCCGAUCUCACCCCGCUCAUUGACACCAACUUCACCUCCCAGCCCCCUUCCCACCUGUCCACCGCACCCAGAGCAGGCUUUGAUUUUGGAGGACUGGUGGAGCGUGCCUACAUGGAGCACGAGCCCCCAUCACCAUCUACCUACGCCUCUCCGUCCUCAGCCUCCUCCUCGCCCCCAUCAGGCGCUCAACUCCAGAGGAGUCCGAGCUUAGGGGAAGCAGCUACACCUGUAAUCCAAGAAAGAUCCCCGAUGGCUGGGGCGCAAGCGGCAGGAGACUGGGAAAGUUCUGUCUGGGCCAUGGAGCUCAGAGGAAAUCUGAUAGCUGCCGGGAGGAGCAGCGGCAAACUGGAGCUGUGGGAUGCAGUGGAAGGGUGGCUACGCUGCAGCAAUGAAGACGGUGUUUCUGGGAUCACAGCUCUGGCCUUUCUCAACAACAGAAUUGUGGCAGCUAGGCUGAACGGGUCCUUGGAUUUCUUCACUGUUGAGAUGAACAAACCUCUGGGUCUGCUGCAGUACAGAGGUCCCCCUGGGCGAAGCAGCAUGCCUCAGUCUCCCUGUUACAGCAGUGAGGAUGUGAUCAGCUGCCAGCUCACACGCUCCGUACAGUGUGCUCACCAAAAGCCGAUCACGGUGCUUCGUGCAGCUGCCGGCAGAGUCGUCACUGGCAGCCAAGACCACACAGUCCGGGUUUAUCGACUGGAGGACUCUUGCUGCCUCUUUACCCUGCAAGGUCACUCUGGAGGGAUUACAGCCAUCUACUUAGACCAGACGAUGGUUCUAGCAAGCGGUGGGCAGGACGGCGCCAUCUGCUUGUGGGAUGUCCUGACAGGGAGCCGAGUCAGUCAUGUUUACGGUCACUGUGGUGAUGUCACCUCGCUGGUGUGUACAACCUCUUGUGUCAUCAGCUCAGGACUGGAUGACCUCAUCUGUAUCUGGGACCGCAGCACUGGAAUCAAGCUGUACUCAAUACAGCAGGAGGUGGGUUGCGGGGCCAGUCUGGGUGUGAUCUCAGAGUCUCUGCUGGUGACGGGGGGGCAGGGCUGCGUCUCCUUCUGGGACCUGAAUUUCGGCGACCUGCUGCAGACGGUGUACCUGGGUCAGAGUAGCGACGGUCAGGGUGUCCGGCAGCUGCUGGUGCUGGACAACGCCGCCAUCGUUUGCGACUUUGGCAGCGAGCUCAGCUUGGUCUACGUUCCCUCGGUGUUGGAGAAACUGGACUGAGAAGGGCUGGCAGCUAUCAGUGGGAACAGUCAAAGGAUCCAGUUUUUGCUUUGUUUCGUUGCUUCUGGCGUUUGGAUGAUGUGCGAUCAUUAGAUACGAGACUAUCUGUUUUAACAGGGAGGUGUUUUAAAGUCUGAAUAUCAUGAGGAAAAACUGGCCGUUGAACCUACUGCGUUUUAUCAGAGCCAUCUUGCUGACGUUACGGAAGGUCACGAGUUUGGUUAAGGUUGGAUUUUUCUCACUUGAAGGGAGCUCGCCAGUUCUGAGUUUGUGCUUUUUGUGCACGCACAUUUGUUUUUGCAGAUCUGCCCUCUAUGCUGCUCACACAGGGCGGGGGGAGGCUUGUGACCCCACCCACCCAGAGAGGAGGACCAUAGAGCUCCUCUUUUUUUCUUUUUUUUUUUUCUUUCUUUUUAAUAUUCCUGCUGUGCCGUGCGCUCAACAGCGAAGUGCAGCCACAGAGAGCUCGACAGGUCCAUCGCCUGCGGGGAUGAAUUGAGCGUGUGUGUGUGUGUGUGUGUGUGAGAGAGAGUGAUUGAAUGAGUUUAGACCCUUUUUAUAGUAAAACUGCUGAGAACAAAAGUUGAUUGGUUAUGUGUGCGUUUGUGUGAGGGAGAACCAAUGAUUACUGUAUAAAGUAAACCUCCAGAGGGGGCUGUUUUUAUGUCUACAUUUAUUAUUUAUUAGCGAUACUUUUUUUUUCUUUCCCUUUUUGAGUAACAGUUUGUAUAUGAAUGACUAAUCACAGCUCUUAAAUAAGACCAUAAUAAUGUGGAAAAGGUGACUUAAAUGUAAGAAGGUGUUUAUUUGUUUGGCAGCACUGGGCUUUUGGUUGUUUGUAACACUGAGGUGGAAACACGUGUGUUUGUAGAUUUGGAGGCCGCAGGGAGGCAGAAAGGGUUCCUCCUUUACCCCAACCUCGGCCUCUGACUCUGGGGUUACUGAUGUUGUAUGAGGGGCUGCUUUUCCCCAGUGUGUUACACCUUCAUCAGGCUACCUCCAUUUUUCAAAUAGCUUGAAUUUUGGAUGACUGAUGUUGCGCUUUUUUUUUUUUUUUUUUUAAAUGCAUUCUGUGCUUUAGAGUUGUUGUUUUUUUAAAUCACCAUUUAGCCAUAACUUGGUCACCCGAUAUCAUUUUUAAUCCACAAUCUUUAAUUCAAGCCACAAAGGGUGACACAACCUUGUCGACUACUUGGAUCACGUUAGAUAUACUGUGUGUAUAUUUUUAGUUUUUGGUAUGUUGUUGAUGCACGCUUAAGCAGAGUUUGUCCUAAAACCUGUUCUUUUUUUUUUUUUUUUCUUUUUUUUUCAGCGACCAGUUGGUAAAAAUGUAAAGGAAGGUAACAGUGAAUGCAUCCUGUCCCUAAUUUUGCAUAAUACUAGUACAUUUUAAAACAGUUUGCAGUAUUGAUGUUGGAUUUUUCACAUCAGGAAUGGGUUUGAGAUAUAACCUUUUCAAAAUUUGGACCUGGCACAUGUGACACUGUUCAGAUAAUCUUUUCCUGAAACACACGCAGUAUUAUAUCACACAUUUUUUAAUUAAGUCUUUUUAAUUGGACUAAACAGGAAAUGUCAAUAGUAUUUUCAGUCAGUUUUUCCACUAUUAGUCAUACGGUUGCUCUGUCAGGUAUGAAUGUUUUCAAACAAUUGCUAGACGCCUUAAGAAACCAGACAAAAGCAAUGCAUGUCAAUCAUUGUUUUGUAGCGUGUAUAAUAUGAAGCUUCUGUCUGAACAUCGAGUAAAGAGCCUUUUGUACUUAUUCUGCACACAAGGUGAAAAUCCUGUCAAUACUGAAACUGUUAAAUUCUUAAACUCAACAAGCCAAGUAUUUAUGAAAGCAAUGCAUUUUUCAACAUUUAACCCCCUCGUUUUUGAGUCUGUGCCUGAACUUCACUUUUUUACUCUGGGUAGAAAGAAUGCAAUCCUGCAGGUUAAAGAUUUUUCUCUGAUGCCAACAACAUCCACAAUGUCCAGAAUGUAUUUUCUCCCAGUCGUCAUCUGUUGUUUCUGUAUGUCCUGAAUGUCGUCUCAGAAAAUCCGUUAAAAGACCUGCACCUGAUCCCUGCGGUCACAACACUAACUCCUUUCAUCUCUAACCCUCUGAUGUACAAGCUCACACACAUUUUUAGGCACUUUGUUUUUGCAAUUUCAGCUUGUAUGCAGAAGAGUCGGAUGUAACUGGACUUAAAGUUCACACCUGCAGCACUGUUAAACACGCACGUGACAUAUAGACUGCAGCGCUUGUUCCUCUCGGAUGCGACCAGAGUUUCUUUUCCAGAAACAAGCUGAUGAUUAUCGUAUGAUUUAUUUUUAAUUUUUCCAACUGUAGCAUCAGUAUUCACAUUUCAACUUCUGGGACAAAUGGCACCUCCAUCACAGAGGCCAGUAAUGUGAUCUUGCUGCUGUGGCUGUUGAUUUAUUAGCUUUGUGGUUUUUGUUUAGUUGAAAGCUUUAGAAAUGGGGGAAUGUUUUGUUUUUUUUAGAUUUCAGUUUCACAUGUGUUUUCUAGAAAUGUGAAUUAAAGCUCAAGUUUGAUAUUUUGGGAACCUGUAUUUGCUUUCUUGCAGAGUUAAAUACUGCCGAAUGUACACAGUGACUGGGUUAGCAACUCCAGUUAACUCUGCUUGCUGAGAAGUUGGUCUGAAAACUGCAGCACUGAGAUGUCAAGGAAUUACACUCUAUAUUCAAAGAAAUUGUCAGAGCUAAAACAGCCGUUUUAUCGUUGUGCUAUUCUGUGAUCACAGGGGCUCUAUGCUGAGGAUAUUUUAGUGUUGUAAAACAGAAAUCUUACAUUUCUAAAACGGUGAGAAAUCACCAAGUGUAGUGUUGCAGGCACAAUUCCUCAGAAAUGUGACCCUGAUUCUCUCAUGCUUUAGUUUAUCUGCACAUAAACAGUUUCCUUUAACAGUGUUUACUAAAUAUCAAAGUCAAAAGGUCGAGAAAUUAUCGAGAAAGACGAGAACUUGUGCCGUGUUCCUCAAACGAAAACUUUGUGGCAGCAUCAGUUUCCUCUGCCAGUAAGCGCGUACACACAUUUUCCAAAAUGUCAAACUAUUCUUUUAAAGCUGAAGGAUGGGAAGGUGGGUUGGUGUGGUGAUUGAGUCGAGUCACUGCUUUUUCUGAAUGUUUCUGUUUAUAAAGAUGAACUAUGCCUUUAAUUUUAGAUCGCUUCAUACCUUUCCGUCUCGUUUCAGCCGUCACGGCACCAUAUCAAGAAUUUGUGGAUGCAGCAGCGACCUUUUUAAUCAUUUAGGUUAAAAGAAAUCUUUAGCUGCAUCCUCACAAUGAAUGGCAGAGAUGUGGGUCUUGUUUGAUCCUCCUCCAGCUGCAAAUACAAAUCAGUGUAACAUUUCUUACUUAAUAUUUUUUUUUGUUUAGAUUGCUGUAAAAAGCAUCGCAGCACAUAAACAAAUGUAAUCCCCAGGUGUUUUCCUUCCCCCCCCACCCACUCCAGCCUUCUCCCCUCAUUGGCUGGCUACAAUCUACGCAGGCUGUAGUAACUUGUUUACUAUUUUGUAACAGCGCAAAACUUUGUACUAAUUUUCAAAUAAAGAGGCUUUGAUAC